AUGCACUCAGACCACCAUCUCCCUUCCAUUCUCAAGCAAUGCGUAGCUAUCUUGCUCUCUUCUGCAACUUCAAUCCACAAACUCAAACAAGUUCAUGCUUUUUCAAUCAGGCAUGGCGUUUCUCUCAACAACCCAGACAUGGGCAAACAUCUGCUCUUCACUCUGGUAUCCUUCUCUGCACCUAUGUCCUACGCCCACAAUAUCUUCAACCAAAUCCGUAACCCCAGGAUUUUCACUUGGAACACCAUGAUUAGAGGAUUUGCUGAGAGCCAAAACCCCAAACCGGCCAUCGAUAUACACCGCAACAUGCGGAUACUUGCUGUUGAACCCGACACGCAUACGUACCCAUUUCUUUUGAAAGCCAUUGCCAAGUUAAUUGCUGUUAGAGAGGGUGAGGGGGUGCAUUCGAUAGCGACUAAAAAUGGGUUCGGGUUGUCGGUGUUUGUACAAAAUGGUUUGGUUCAUAUGUAUGCUGCCUGCGGGCGUGCCGAGAGCGCACACAAGCUGUUUGAGGAAAUGUCUGACAGAAACCUUGUUAGUUGGAAUUCUAUGAUUAAUGGAUUCGUUUCGAAUGGGAAAUCUAUUGAGACUUUGACCCUUUACAGGGAGAUGGGUGAGGAGGGGGUGGAGCCAGAUGGUUUCACUUUGGUUAGCUUGCUUACUGCUUGCGCAGAGCUUGGGGCAUUGGCAUUGGGUACGAGGGUUCAUGCCUACAUGUUUAAGGUUGGAUUGGCUGAGAAUGUACAUGCUGCUAAUUCCGUUUUGGAUCUUUAUGCAAAAACUGGAAACAUAUCAGAAGCACAAAAGGUUUUCGAUGAGAUGAAAGAAAAGAGUGUCGUAUCAUGGACUACGCUUAUUGUCGGUUUGGCUAUGAAUGGAUUUGGCAAUGAAGCGAUCGAUCUUUUCAAGAAGCUGGAGAGAAAACAACUAACACCAAAUGAAAUCACUUUUGUUGGGGUACUAUAUGCUUGUAGUCAUUGUGGAAUGGUCGAUGAGGGAUUCACUUAUUUCAAACGAAUGAAGGAAGAAUUCGGGAUCGAGCCUAGGAUAGAACAUCAUGGAUGCAUGGUUGAUUUAUUGGGACGAUCAGGCCGCAUACAACAAGCUUACGACUAUAUUCUUGCCAUGCCAUUACAGCCGAAUGCAGUCGUCUGGCGGACCUUACUGGGAUCAUGCACGAUGCAUGGUCAUUCGGCUUUAGCCGAGGUUGCAAGAGCCCAACUCAUACAAUUAGAACCUAAACACAGUGGAGACUAUGUUUUGCUAUCAAACCUCUAUGCUUCUGAAAAACGCUGGUCAGACGUGUCAAAAGUGCGAGAAAGAAUGCUAGAUCAAGGGAUACAGAAAUCUCCAGGCCAUAGCCUUGUUGAAUUAGGAAAUUGUGUGUAUCAGUUCGUUAUGGGUGACACGUCUCAUCCAGAAAGUGAAGAUAUCUACGCGAAAUUGAUAGAGAUCACCAAGUUAUUGAGGUUAGAAGGUUAUGUGCCACAUGUUGCAAACGUGCUUGCGGAUAUAGAAGAAGAGGAAAAGGAGACGGCUUUAUUGUAUCAUAAUGAGAAGAUAGCAAUCGCGUUUAUGCUCAUUAAGACACCUCCUGGAACUCCGAUUAGGGUUGUGAAGAACUUGAGGGUAUGUGCAGAUUGUCACAUUGCGAUAAAGCUGAUUUCGAAGGUUUAUAAACGAGAAAUCGUGGUGAGAGAUCGAAGCCGGUUUCACCAUUUUAAGGAUGGUUCUUGUUCCUGCAAAGAUUACUGGUAAGUAGAUUAUGCACUAAACAUGGGAUUUGGUGUUUCAAGUGUUAGAUCAAAUCCUAUAGGUCCUAUCAUUCGUUGGUCGGAAGGUCUAAAUGGUUUCCAUAGAAACUAUGAACUAGCCAAAAAAACCCGAAAAAGUAUAAACGAAAAAAGAAGGUAGAAUAGGUAUUAGUUUGAUGAUUUUGUGUCCAAUGGAUGUUUUUGAAAGGGAUUUGGAUUUUGUAGAAAGAUUUAGAAUUAAAAA